UCCUCUCUCUCUCUCUCCCUCUCUCUGUGUCUCUCUCCUACUCUGAGACAGAGUCAGAACUCUUCUCCCUGACAGCCACAAACAUCUACAGCACUUAUUGCAUUCAGAGAGGGAACCUGCAAACAAAACUUCACAGAAAACUUUUGGUUCUUGUUCCAGAGAAUUUGCUGAAGAGAAGGAAAAACAAACAAACAAACAAACCAACCAAACCAGCCCCCCCCCCUAAAAAAAAAAAAACCAAAAAAAACUGUGCGUGAAAGGGGGAGGAAAAGCAGGGCCUUUUAAAAAGGGAAUCACAACAACUUUUGCUGCCAGGAUGCCUUUGCUUUGGAAGAGAGGAUUUUUGUUGGUGCUUUGCUGGAUUAUAGUGAGGAGUUCCCCAACCCCAGGAUCCGAGGGGCACAGUUCAGUCACUGACUGUCCAUCAUGUGCCCUCGCCACGCUCUCCAAGGAUGUGCCCAGCUCCCAGCCUGAGAUGGUGGAAGCAGUAAAGAAGCACAUACUGAACAUGUUGCACUUGAGGGACAGACCUAACAUCACCCAGCCGGUGCCCAAGGCAGCACUUUUAAAUGCCAUCAAAAAACUCCACGUGGGAAAGGUGGGAGAGGAUGGUUAUGUGGAAAUAGAGGAUGAUGUUGGAAGAAGAGCCGAAAUGAAUGAAGUUGUGGAACAAACCUCAGAAAUCAUCACUUUUGCAGAAUCAGGCACAGCCAAGAAAAUGUUGCACUUUGAGAUUUCCAAGGAAGGCAGCGAACUAUCCGUGGUGGAACAUGCUGAAGUGUGGCUCUUCCUGAAGGUCUCCAAGGCCAACCGGAGCAGGACAAAAGUCACCAUCCGCCUGUUCCAACAGCAGCGGCAGCCAAAAGGCAACUCUGAAGGAGCAGAAGAUAUGGAGGAUGGGGGGCUGAAAGGUGAAAGGGGCGAGACUUUGAUUUCAGAAAAGGCAGUGGACACCCGGAAGAGCACUUGGCACAUCUUUCCUGUCUCCAGCAGCAUCCAGAGACUCCUGGACCAAGGCAAGAGCUCUUUGGAUGUGCGGAUUGCCUGUGACCUAUGUCAAGAGACUGGAGCCAGCCUGGUGCUACUGGGCAAGAAGAAGAAAAAGGAAGAUGAUGGGGAAGGGAAAGAAAAGGAAGCCGGAGAAUUCACAGGAGAAGAGGAGAAGGAGCAAUCGCAUCGCCCCUUCCUGAUGUUGCUUGCCCGGCACUCAGAGGACCGCCAGCACAGGCGGCGGAGACGAGGCCUGGAGUGCGAUGGCAAAGUCAACAUCUGCUGCAAGAAGCAGUUCUUUGUCAGCUUCAAGGACAUAGGCUGGAGUGACUGGAUCAUUGCACCUACAGGUUAUCACGCCAACUACUGCGAAGGAGAGUGCCCCAGCCAUAUAGCGGGCACAUCUGGGUCAUCGUUAUCUUUCCACUCCACUGUCAUCAACAAUUACCGCAUGCGGGGCCACAGCCCCUUUGCCAACCUCAAGUCAUGUUGCGUGCCCACCAAGUUGCGGCCCAUGUCCAUGCUCUACUACGACGACGGCCAGAACAUCAUUAAGAAAGACAUCCAGAAUAUGAUUGUGGAGGAGUGUGGCUGUUCAUAGACGCACGGGUGCGCAAGACCCUUCUCGUUGAGAAGAAAAGGUAUCGAAAGCCCAAGAAGAGGAAAGACCAGACAUGGUAUAACCUUUUUUUUUUUUUUUUUUCGAACGAAACAAUCGUUGGAAAUAAAAGCAAAAACAAAAGAGAGAGAGAGAAAACAGAAUUUAAAAAAAAAAAUAAAAAAAAGACUUGACGGAGGAUCAGAAAAGACUUCAGCUAUAAAAAGGAAGAAAGCUCCAUGAACCCGGGCUUGAAUGAGAUACGUCUGAAUGGCGGUAUGGGGUCGGGGAUUUCCCCUUCCUUUCAGUAUGCUCCUUAUCUUAUUGCGUAGUAUCUUAAACUUUAGUUAUUACUAGGGGAGUUCCGUUCCCUCCCUUAGUUACCCCCCAGUUCAAGCCGUGGUAGCAGCCCAUCUAACCUGCAGCAAUUUGGACCAAGUCCAAAACGUCAUUGAAAUUCCUUGAAAAGCCAUGUGUAUGAACACUACAUUCACUGGCACUUCCCCCCCCCAAAAAAAAUUUACAGAGGAACUGAGUAGGUGUGUAGUGUUUGCAUGUAUAUACAUAUGGCUAUGUAUUUAUAUACGUAUCUCUAUACAUACAGACACUAUACACGUACGUAUCCUUAACGUUGGGUAAAGGGACAAUAUUGUGCAGGUGUAUACACCUUCGUCUUCUGCACUACAUUUACAAAAAAGAAAAAAAAAAAAAGGAAAAAGGAAAAAAGAAAAACGAAGAAAAAAAAACAGAAUAAAAAAAAAGAACGAAUGAAAGAAUAAAAGUUACAUUUUGUAAAGGUGCUUACAACGUUAGAACUAUGCAACCUAGUUGGUUUGAAACUGUUUACCUGCGAAAGAAAGAAAGAAAAAAAAAAAAACAAAACAGAAAGACUUUUUUUAAAUGGAAGUAACUUGUUUUAAAAAAAAAAUUCUUCAGUGAGAGAUACUUGAAAGGAACAUGUUUGUCCAGUUACUGGAGCCAAACAUUUCUAUAUUUUGUAAAAAAAAAAAAUUUUUAAUCGUUUACUAUUUGCACUACAAUGGUGUCUGACCUGUCUAAUCCUUAUUUAACAAAUAUUUGCAAGGGAGGGUGGUUGGGUGUGGGAGGGGUUGAGAGCUGCACUUAUUGUGAGCUAUACAAGAACUGCUACAGCACACAAAAUAGCUAUUUUUAUUAUUAUAAUAAUUAUUAUUAUUUUGUACCUUAAAAUGAAUAGACACAUACACCAAAGACAUUUGUGUGAGCCUCUAAAAAAAAGUCUGUUUGUGGUUGGUACCAUUCACCUGUAACAAGUUAGGGUUUGAAUUAAGGGUCAGUGGGUUGAUUACAUUCAGGCUAGAGUAUCCGUUAACUGCUUCCACUCAAAUAGUGCCCUCAACAGAAAAAUUGCCAUUUGAAGUAAACCCAGAAAAGCCCUGGGCUUUGGAUCCAAGGUCCAUCUAAAGAGAAUUGUACUCUUUUGCAUGUACAAGACUACGACUUGUCCCUGAUGCAGAGCACCUGUGCGUUGCUGGGAAACAACUUUACUCGAGGGAUAUACAUACGUAUAUAUUUCCGUACGUAUAUACGUAUAUAUAUACAAGGUAUAAGCACUUCUGGCUUCACUUUAAUGUUCUUAAAACAAAUGAAUGUUUGUGUGCAAAGCACAGCACGUUAAAAGAUGGUUUGCUACUACCAAGCGGGAGGCUCCACGUUCAAACUGGUAUUUUGGGGGAGAGAGAAACCUCGAGUGCUGGUGUUACACUUGGGGAAGGUUGGAGGUAAAACGGGGAGCAGCUUUGGGCCCUGCCCACCAUCGCCCCUGCAAAUAUACAGAAGAUGGCAGUUGUGGUGAGGAUUUCUGUCAGAAACGCGGCCUUCAAUCAGCACGAGGCUGGCUGUCCCAACCACCACCCUCUAGCAUGACAACUCUUCAUGGGUUUGCACGUUACCUGUUAAGACCUAAUUUUCAGUGUCAACACCUAACCUGAAGGGUCCAACCCAUAGGGCAUAGGUAGAUAGUGGUUUGUUUCUUUUUUUUUUUUUUUUUAAAAAAAAUUCUAUCUCUGUCGUAUUUAAAAGAAUGUUAAAGUUACACCAUUUGUCUUUGGGUAGGGUGAGAUGAUAAGAGGGAACGGGAGAAACCUUUAGGCCCUGUUUACACUGAAUUUGAAAACCCUGAGCCUGAAGAUUCGGGCUCUCACAGGUUUAGAAGACCAAGGCCUUGCUGGGUGCCUUCUGAUGGAAGGGGUUUUUAAAACACCUCCCGCAGAAAGAAGCGCUCACGGGGCUCCCCACCUUGUUGAGAGCACAGUCCGGUUAAAAAAAAUUAAUUAAAAAAUUAAAAAAAAAUAAAAUAUAAAAAUAUAGCACAAUUUAACCCGCUUGCAUUGGCUAGGGAUAGCGUGUUAGCACCUUUAUGGCAAGAACUAUGUUGAAACAGUGUAAUCAGGGCCUUCAUUUUUGUCAGCCAAAACUGUUUAUGUGUGUGUGUGUGUGUGUGCAAGUGUGCGUGAGCCUUCUCUGGGUGUGCAUCUGUGUGUGCGCGUGGGCGCAUGUCUGUAUUUGUACGUAUCAAUAGAGAUUUAAAAAAAAAAAAAGAAGAAAAAAAAACAAGGGAAAAAAAAGAAAAAAAAAGAGAAAAAAGAAAAAAAAAAAAA